CCCCGACGUCACGUGACCGCAGUGACUCCGAAUUCGUUGGUUUCUCCCGUCCGCCGGUCUCCAGUGCCAGUUGAAGUGAGUGUUGGUGACUUUAUAAAACAAGACACUAUGCAAUAAAAAGAAGCUAUCCAACCAGCAUUUUGCAGGAGGCCUGGAUUCUAAUCAAGGUUUUAGUGAAAUAAAUCAGUGACAUUAUUAAUUUUGUUAAUCAUCAAGCACGUUAACAUGUUGAAGAGAAAUCUAAACUCACACAUUGAUAAUGAACCUCGCACUUUACGUUCUGAUCUACCUAGUAGUGGGAUUCCUAUAUGCAAACCAUCACACCUGAGUGCUCUGUCACUCGAAUCCAAUUCAUUACAAAUCAGUCAGUCACCCACAAGAUGUUUUGUAACACAGAAAGACAAGAACCAAAUGUCUGGCGUGCAGGCGUUAAGCAUGAAUGUUAACCUCCAAGAAGAACAUUCGGUGUGUGGAUCAGUUCCUUCGGAUACCAUUGAUGAUACCACAAAUCAGACAGGAGCUGUGUCAGACACUUUUGUUGAGACCAAGAACGCAGAGAAGGAGAUGCUUGUCUCCAAUGAGGAAAGUAAUAAUCAAUCUAAGGAGCAUGAACUGAAAAGGCAGCCACCUACAGACUUUAGUGUCUCUCCUUCUUCAUCUGAAAAUCCAUCCACUAAAUUAUCUUCUGAGCCUUCUUUUGGCACAUCAUCUCGUGAUGAGAACAAUCCUUCAUGUGCUACUUAUUCAAACAUACCUUCUGAAAGAUUUGCGGCUCCACCUCCGACUUCUCCCUUUUUUACUGAUAUACCCUCUGGCUUGAAGUUUUUCAACUUUGUCAUACUACAUGUUCCAGAUGAUCAAGAGGAAGCUGGGAGGGUAUGUCAAAUUUUAAACAACCUUCAGAUUGGAGAAGGUACAACAUUUUGUGAAGGGUUUGAGACGGCAGGAAUAAGUCCUCUGAAAUGCCUUGAAGAUGCUGUGGAAAAUUCUGCCUAUAUUGUCCUAUUGCUCACUACUGGCUUUUUAUCCAGAUGGGGAAAGUUUCAGACGAAUGUAGUUCUUAUGAAUUCAAUUGAAGAUGAAAACAAAUCAGGAACUGUAAUUCCUCUUAUUCCGAAGUCAGAGACACUAAAAUGUAAAAUACCUUUGGGUCUUCAGUCAUUAAUUAAAUUAGAAGAAAAGUCAUUUCUUUUUGAGAAACAAGUGCGGAACACAUUCAAAUGGGAUAUGAUCAAAAGACAGCAAGAACUUUGGAAUAUAGAGCAGGAUUUAAGAACAAAAAAAAAAUGUUUAGAACAUGCUAAAGACCUAUCUAAUUCUUUUGAAAUUAAACAACAAAUUACCAUGGAUAUACAGGCAAUUUUCUCUCAUCUAACUGCUCAAAUGUCAUCAAUGAUGUCCAAUCUGCCAGCCCAAGUAUUCCCGGGAUCAGUUAUUCAUAUAAACAAUUCGAGUAAUGUUCAGAUCGGCAAUCAAAACAGCAUGAACGUUCAAAAAACUACAAAUGUGCCACAGUUGGAAAUGUCUGAAGAAUGUUAUGAAGAAUGUAACAAUGACUUUCAAGGUCAAUUUUAAUUAUUGAAACAUUAUUUGCAAAAAAAAAAA